AUGAAGUCUCUCAUACGUUGGAAUGGCGAGUGGGCAUUUUCUCAUGCAUAUUUUCUGCUUCUUUUGCAGUUGGACCGUAUCGGCUCGUACAUCAGACCGCUGCUAGAGUCGCCCUCCCUCAAGAAAGCGCGAGGUCGUGACUCACGCUGGGUGUCCGCCAAGUCCUGGGAUUUGCAGAAAUCUCGUUCGCCGAAAUGGGAGGAAAAUGUGAAAAAGGGAGUGUUGUAUAAUGCGUUUGUUCUCGAUAAUGUCGCGGGAUGUGAUGUUCAAGGAUAA